CAGGUAUCCAGGAGAGAAGCCUGCUGAGGUUAUCCCUCGCGCCUCGUCAGCUGUCCUGUAUGGUGGAAAUAAUAUUCAGCUCCUCUUUUCUGGAUGAUAUGGGAGAUCAUAUAAAAAAGAAGUCUGGGUUGGCGAUGUGUGUCGGCUGCGGAAUUCAGAUCCAUGAUCAGUACAUCCUGCGGGUCUCCCCUGAUCUGGAGUGGCACGCGGCCUGCCUGAAAUGUGCUGAGUGCAGCCAGUACCUGGACGAGAAUUGCACGUGUUUUGUGCGCGAGGGAAAAACGUACUGCAAGAGAGAUUAUGUAAGACUGUUCGGAGUAAAGUGCGCUAAAUGCGGAUUGGGAUUUACUAACAGUGAUUUGGUUAUGAGGGCUCGGGACAGUGUUUAUCACAUCAAAUGUUUCCGCUGCUCCGCGUGCGGCCGCCAGCUCCUGCCGGGUGAAGAGUUCUCGGUGCGCGAGGACGCGCUGCUGUGCAGAGGAGAUCACGGGCCCGACAACACGUUCAGAACCGGACACAGCAAAGCACUUCACAUGGCAGCUGACCCAGUGUCGGUUCGGCACGUGCAUCAUCGAAGUCACGCGCCCAAGCCCUCAGAGAAGACCACUCGCGUGCGCACCGUGCUGAAUGAGAAGCAGCUUCACACGCUGCGGACCUGCUAUAACGCGAACCCGCGGCCGGACGCGCUGAUGAAGGAGCAGCUGGUGGAGAUGACCGGCCUGAGCCCGCGAGUUAUCCGCGUCUGGUUCCAGAACAAGCGCUGCAAAGACAAGAAGAGAUCCAUCCUGAUGAAGCAGCUGCAGCAGCACAGAGACCAGACUGAUCUGCAGGUUCUGUCGAGCAGUGCGCUGGUUGAGGGCAGUCCAGUCAGACCCGAUCACUCAUUGAUGGGUCAGCAUGUGGAGGUACAGAGUUACACGGCCUGGAAAUCUCUGAGUGAGUUCACACUGCACAGUGACCUGGAGCAGCCAACCUUCCAGCAUCUGGUCACUUUCUCUGAGUCAGAUUCUUUAGGAAACUCUUCAGGCAGUGAUACCGUCUGUCUCUCACAACUGCCAGACACUCCAAACAGCAUGGUGCCCAGUCCAGAGGACACAUAGGACCAGCUGCUGACCAAAACCACUGUCCACCACCAUACAGCACAUCCCGCACCAAACCCUGACAUGAACCCCAAGUCUGAUAUGAAGACAAAACUGCAGCAGAAACUCCAAGCAGCCUGAAAAUUAAACAAAUGUAAAACUGUG